UAAAUAAAGGAGCUUUUCUAGGUCGCCUACUAUCAGAGUCUCCUCCCCCGAAUCAUGAUGAAUCUUCUGUGAGCCUCAUUGUGCAGCAGGUAGCUGAGUGAAUGCAGCAAACACACACUUUCGCUCUUCAGUGAUGAAUGACAGCUCUCCAACAUCUGAGAACAUCAUGUUUCACCAGCUGACUGCAGAUGUUCUGAACGGUAGCUGUGACUAUACCUUGCCCACGUGUAACAAUAACACAGGUGAAGCGGCAUUGCAGCUGCCCACCUUUUCCGUGGCAGCAAAAGUGAGGGUGAUAAUUACCUUCACUCUUUGCGCAGUGUCAGCUGUGUGCAACCUCUCUGUGUUGUGGGCUGCCAGCACCAACAACAAGCGCAAAUCCCAUGUAAGAAUUUUAAUCAUAAACCUCACCGUUGCCGACUUGCUGGUGACUUUCAUCGUGAUGCCAGUGGAUGCGGCUUGGAACAUCACAGUUCAGUGGUUGGCGGGGGAUCUGGCUUGCAGAUUGCUAAUGUUUCUGAAGCUUGUGGCAAUGUACUCCUGCGCCUUCGUGACUGUGGUCAUAAGCCUGGACAGGCAGUCGGCCAUUCUCAACCCUCUGGCCAUCAAUAAGGCUAAGAAGAAGAACAAAAUAAUGCUGAGCGUGGCCUGGGUGAUGAGUGUUGUUCUCUCUGUCCCUCAGAUGUUCUUGUUUCACAACGUGACUAUCACGGUGCCGGCCAAUUUCACUCAGUGCACCACCCGAGGGAGCUUUGUCAAACACUGGCAGGAGACCAUCUACAAUAUGUUUACUUUCACUUGCCUCUUCCUAAUACCUCUGGCCAUCAUGAUCUGCUGCUACACAAGGAUUUUGGUGGAGAUCUCUGGAAGGAUGACCAAAGGAAACAUAUCUUCAAAGGAGGUCCACUUACGGCGUUUCAACAGCAACAUCCCGAAGGCCCGUAUGAGGACUUUGAAGAUGAGCAUAGUCAUAGUAACGUCUUUCAUAGUUUGCUGGACGCCAUACUACUUGCUGGGUCUCUGGUACUGGUUCCUUCCUGAGGAUUUAGAAGAGACUGUUUCUCACUCACUGACUCACAUGCUGUUUAUUUUCGGACUCUUCAAUGCAAUUCUGGAUCCCAUCACUUAUGGCCUCUUCACCAUCCAUUUCCGCAAAGGACUGAAGCACUACUGUCACAACGUGGUCGUACACACAGAGUCAGAGAAUAAUUCUAUCAUGACGGGCUCAUUGAAAUGCUCACCAUCCCCGUUUCGCAUGAAAAGAGUGACCCAGACGAGUCCAGGAGCCGAUCCGGAGCAGAAUACGGUGGGUGGGGAAGAUACGAAGGCAGCUGACAGUGAAAACAAGGAAUAGUGGCAACCCUACUGAUCCAGCCUUGAAAGUAUCAUUUGAUUAAAGAUAUGGAUGUGACAAGGUAGGCCUUGUACUGGCUGUCUAGCUGCUCACAAGAACAGUAAGACGACAACAAACUCCUGCCUGUUCUCCUCAAAUUGAGCCCAAGUGUGUCGCAUCUUUUAAUUAAUUCACUGAUGAGCUGCCUCAGUUACUCAGUUAUAUUAAAUACCCAUCUAUUUUCCUGAUACAGGCAAUUAAGUUUUCUAAUCAUUUGCUCUUUACUAAAUAUGCCAAUCACUUGGUUGUUUUUUCUUUUCUUUUUUUCUGCAGAUUAAUUAGACCAUUUCUACUUGUGGCUUUUGUUUAAAAUGUCA